AUGUCGGACUCGGACUCGGACGAUCACGAGCCCUCCUCCGUGACGGAAGACAGCGACGAUGACUUCGACGAUGAGGCCGUCGAGGAGGAGGAGGACGAGCCCGUCAUCAUGUCGCAGGCUGAGAUCAAGCGCGCGAACGUGCAGGCCAUGCUCAGCGGCAGCCUGCAGGUGCAGCGCAAGCCCAUGAUCCGCGGGCUGCAGUGCCAGAACGUCGCCGCGGUGCUCGCGCAGCCCUUUCGCGCGCCAUUCGCCGGCGCGACCGCCGGACACUCCGCCGAGCUCGCGCGCCGCCUCGCCGCUCGUCGACGGUUCGUGCCGUGGGGGUCAACCUCCAACAUCGCGCACCCCGGCCGCCCCCUCGGCGUCGCCGGCCCCGUCGGCCUCGGCCUCGGUAUUCCGAAGCCCGCGGAGGAUGUCCCCGAAGAGCUCCCUCCAGGCGUCGAGCCUCUGGUGCUGUGGGAGGGAUUCGACGCGGAAGGGAAGGAGCUCCCGCCGGUCUCCGUCGAUAACAUGCUCGUCAAGUUUCUCAGGCCGCACCAGAGGGAAGGAGUCAAGUUCAUGUUCGAGUGCGUCAUGGGUCUCCGAGGGUUCGAAGGUAACGGGUGCAUCCUCGCCGACGACAUGGGCCUCGGUAAGACCCUCCAGGGUAUCACGCUCCUCUGGACCCUGCUCAAGCAGGGCAUCACCGGCGACGGGCCCAUCGCCAAGAGGGCCCUCAUCGUCUGCCCGACUUCGCUGGUGAGCAACUGGGACGACGAGUGCAUCAAGUGGCUUAAAGGGAAGGUUCGAACGAUGCCCAUAUGCGAGGCCAACCGCGCGGACGUCAUCUCCAGCAUGAACAGAUUCCUGAACUACAACGGCCACGACAGGGCGCAGGUGAUGAUCGUGUCGUACGAAACCUUUCGCAUCCACGCCGACCGCUUCGACAAGCCCAACUCGGUGGAUUUGAUAAUCUGCGACGAGGCGCACCGCCUGAAGAACGGAGACACGCUGACGAACAAGGCGCUGGGUUCCGUGCCGUGCCUCAGGCGCGUGAUGCUAUCCGGCACGCCCAUGCAGAACCACCUGGACGAGUUCUACAGCAUGGUCAACUUCUGCAAUCCCGGUUUGCUGGGAACCGGUGGCGAGUUUUACAAAAAGUUUGAAAAGCCGAUCCUCGACGGGCGCGAGCCGGACGCCACGGAGAAGCAGCUGGCGCUCGCGCAGGAGCGCAACGGGGAGCUCUCCGAACUCGUCAAUAAAUUCGUCCUCAGACGCACGAACACCAUCCUCUCCAAGCACCUGCCCCCCAAGGUGGUGGAAGUCGUGUGCUGCAAGCUCUCGCCGCUGCAGCAGAUGAUUUACCGACACUUCCUCUCCGAGAAGGCCGCAAAGACGAUCGCGACCGGUAAAUCCGCCAUGGUGCUCGCCGCCAUCACCGGCUUAAAGAAGCUGUGCAACCACCCGAAGCUCAUACACGACAUGAUCUCGGCGGCGAAGACGACGAACAAGGGCGCCGCGGGCUUCGAAUCUUGCGCUGAUUUCUUUGGCGACGGGCUCUACGACUCCGGAGCCAGGGGCCACGGACGCGAACGGGGCGGCGGCGGGCUCCCCGAGGGCUGGGAGCUCCACAGCGGCAAGUUCGCGGUGCUCGCGCGGUUACUCGCGAUCCUCCGGAAGGAGACGAAGGACCGCGUGGUGAUCAUCAGCAACUACACGCAGACUCUGGAUUUGAUCCAGACGCUCUGCAGGAACAACCGGUACCCGUUCUGCCGCCUGGACGGCAGCACCAGCAUCAGCAAGCGGCAGAAGCUCGUCAAGCGCUUCAACGACCCGGCCGAGGACUGCUUCGUCUUCCUUCUCUCGUCCAAGGCUGGCGGGUGCGGGAUCAACCUCAUCGGUGGCAACCGCCUGGUCCUGUUCGACCCCGACUGGAACCCCGCCAACGACAAGCAAGCCGCCGCGCGGUGCUGGCGAGACGGUCAGAAGAAGAAGUGCUACUUGUACCGCUUCCUCGCCACGGGCUCCAUCGAGGAGAAGGUGUUCCAGCGGCAGCUCAGCAAAGAGAGCUUGCAGAACGUGGUGAACGGCGAGGGUACGCUGGAGCAAUCGUCGAUGUCCAAGGAGGAGCUCAGGAGGCUAUUCACCCUUGACGACGGCACCGUGUCGGACACGCACGACUGCGGCGGGUGCGACAAGUGCCCCUCAAAAAACUUUGAGGGGUUGCACGGCAGCGCGGACGGCCAGACGUGGGAGGAGCAGGACGACGACGCGGUGGAAACCGACCUGAACACCUGGGGCCACCACCACAGGAUGGACCAGGUGCCCGAUCCGAUCAUGCGCCGCGCCGCGGGCGAUGACGUGAGCUUCGUCUUUUCGCUCCAGGUGGAGGGCUGCGCCAUCGUCGACAAGGAAAAGCCCAAGGAGGACGCGACGACGAAGCUCGCCGCGGCGCCCCCGCCCGCGAACGGACCGCCCGCGGGCGCCGCCGGCGGCUACAGGCUCGCCGCCGCCGACCACGGGGGGACGAGGGUACCUCCUAAGCCGCCCGGAGGACCGUCCGCGGCGCCCGUCAGGGCACCGUCGGGGCUGGCGCCGGGGCUGGCGCGGCGGCCGUUGGCGCCCGUCGCCGCCAACGCGACCAACACCGCCCGCGCGGUCGCCGCCAAACCGAACGCGCGUUCAGCCGGGGUUUCCGCGGGGGUGAGGAGGGCGCCGGCGCCGCCUUCGAAGCCGCCGGCGAAGAAGGCUCGAAAGAGGAAAGACGACUCGGAGUCGGAGAUGGACCUCGACGACGAGUCGGAUGAGGAGUCGGAGGUGGAAUCGGAGGUGGAGUCGGAAGAGGAGUCGGAAGAGGAAGAGAACGAGGAGGAGUCCGAGGAGGAAGACGAGGGUGUCGAACGCGGAGUGUCGAACGACGAGAAGCCCGCCGCCGCCGCCGCCGCCGCUCCCGAGCGACGGCGGAUGCGCGGCGCGGCGGCGGCGGCGGCGGCUAUCCUCGUGGACCCCGCCGACGAGAGGCGAACGGAGGGGCGAACGCGAAACCCGGCGCGUCGGUCCAGGCGCGAGGCGGCGCUCGACGACGAGGAGGACGACGAUGAGGAGGAGGCCGCGUCUGAAUCCGAUGAACCCGUCGCGGACUCGGAGGAGGACGACGAGAAGCCUCCCUGUCGGACAAAAACGGUCACAAAAACGGUCGGUCGCGGCGACGUCAACCGCGCCAGCGUCAACGUCGCCGGCGCCUCCGCCCGAGCGGGCGUCGAGGUGGACGCGGUGCGGGACGGGCGGCGGAAGAGCGAGGUGGUGGCGUCGGUGUCGCCCGACGACUUCUCCGACUCGGAGGACGAACUGGCGAUGGUGUCCGAGUCGGACGACGAAUCGGACUACAGCGAGAGCGAGUGA